GUAUAAAUAAAAUACGAAAAAGAAAAUAAUGAUCAUGUUACCACAAUCGUUGAGUCAAGUGAUUUUUGCAUUAUAUUAAAUACAUAUAAAAUAUAAGUUCAGUUUGUAGUUGGCUGCAAGUGGAAGUAAGUAAUUUCUUUUACAAAUAUUCCGAUAAAUCUGAAAACAAUUAUAACAUGGAGGAUAAUUCGAAUUCUACAAAAUAUACUGGGAAAUAUGAUAAUCAAAUAAAACUACGAAAAGCUAAAUUAGAAAAAAUGCGUAAAGAAAGACAAAUAUUACAGUAUGAUAAGUUAAUGCGUGAAAAGACGGCUCAAGUAAAUUCGGAAGAAAAUCGUUUAAAAAAAGAAACACGAGAAAAAGCUAAAGAAAUAAAUGAUUUAGAAAUUAGUAAAAUUCAGGAGGAAAUAAAUAAAUUAAAGGACAGUCCUAAUAGUGAACACUCUUAUUGUACAAUUGAAUAUGAAGUAAAAACGGUUGAAGAUAAAAUAAGGUGAGAAUUAGAGUUAAUUGCGUUGCAAAUAAUGUACAAGUCACGAUGCAAAAGG